CCUAAGAAGCCACCAGUUGGCGUCGAUUCUCUAUUGACCAAGCUCGACGCAUCCUCCCCCUCCUCCGGCACCGCUGUUACCAAGAAAGCUGCUGACCCCACGGAAACCGUUGCCUUAAAGUCUCCCCGGAGCAGCACAAAUAACGCAAAUUGCAGAGCGAUUCCAAAAGCACUUCCGAACUCUCCGAAGAAGUUCAAAGACUUCAGAGCACCGGCAGUAAAAGUGACAAAACCAAGCACCCCCGCGUAUUCUGUUGAUCACUCCGCAACAAAAUGCAGCGUUACUACUGUUCGUCCUGAGAAUUCCCCUAUAUCCAAGGUCCAUGCUGUUGAUACCUCAGAGGACGGUGCAGCGGAACCCGAUCCGUUACAAGAUACAACUACACAAGACGAUUCCACAGAGCAGUUUAUCACCGUGGUUUUACAACUGCUGCAAACAAAGCCAAUUGAAGAGAUCUACGAAGCUUACAUAGCCCCGCGUCACACUACGGACAUCAGUCUGGUCGAAUCAAACGAUGAAUCCAACUCUGAGUUUAUCUCGGACACCUGUCCUACGGCUCCAAGAUGCGCUUCCAAGGAAUGUACUUUCCAGGAGCCAAUCCUUCGAAAACCAUCGUAUCCCUCUGGGAACAAAUCGUUGGAUCAAAAGUUGAUAAGUGAGUACGAUUUUGAGCAACUAGUGCGCUGUGCACUGUUGAACACGCAGGAACUGUCGACACAGGAGAUGUUUCGACAGUACUUUAGGCAAGCUAGCCCAGAUGUGGACAUCGAUAGUGGACGCCUGCAGUCUACGGAGGGCGAUGCGAAACCUGUACGUCUCAAACGUUCUUCUUCUAUGAAAGCGAGGAGCGUUUGCCUGACAGAAAUUCAUGCCAGUGAGACGUCAGAAAACGGUGAGGGAGUCCAUGAUAGCUCCUGCGAUGUGCUCAACAACUUGGGACCACCGUCAGAUCCCGCGGCCUCCAAAGAACUGCAUGAAAUAGAGAAAGGAUCCUCUGAGCCAGAGGAAAGUAUUAAUGACAAGUCCCCAGAAGAUUUACCGGGCACUUGGGUCGAAUGUACGCGGUGCGGCAAGUGGCGGUUACUGGAGCAUAUUGUCGAUCCCAGCGAAGUGCCGGAGACUUGGCAUUGUGGGCUCCAACCCAAGUACGCCAAUCUAGUUCACAACGGACACAAUCCAUGUGAUGAAGCGCAAGCAGAUUUGGACGACGACGACGAGUUGGAUCCAAAGAAGUAUGUCUUCACCAAAUUCACUGCCGGUUCCAUUGUUUGGGUAAAAUUGGAUGGUUACCCUGAAUGGCCGGCCAUGGUGGAUUGCGACGAAACUGGCCGCUUCGCAGACUACAACUCAGUGACUGGCGAAGUGUUACGUUACUUUGUCGUGUUCUUCGACCCCAAAGACACCACGCAUCAACGCGUCAGACAGAGUCGUGUGAGGAAAUAUACAUCCAGCUCGGAAGUGGAUUGGACACGUGUUCCCACUCGAUACAGGAAGAGAAUUGAAUGGGCCGCAGAAGUAGCUGAGCGAGCGUUGGACUUGCCUCUUCAGGAGAGGAUAUUUAAAUUCGGUUAUCCCUAUUCGCAAACAUGGGAUCAUGGUACUGCGAUCAACGAUAAAAUGCAAUGCAAAAGACGACUCACCAACCCAUCAUCCGUUGGAAACAAACGCCGAAAAAGGGGAUCAACGGCUUCAACUGUGGUAUCUAUCGAAAGUGACUCGGACACCAACCUGUUAUCUGAGACUAUGCAGGGAUCAAACAGAUCCGACUCAGAGGCUGUAGCCUCUACAGAUCCGGCCAAUAACGAGCAAACCAGUACGGUUCUGGCUACACAUUGUGACGAAAACGCUGGUGCAGAGACCGUAAAGAGCACAACGGAGCCACAGAUCACUAUGGUGCCAACUCUCACAGACAAAGUCACUGCGUUGGCAGACACGUUGGAUUGCUUACCAAUUGAGGAAUAA